CCAACCCCACUGCCAGCCCCACCGCCAACGCCACCGCCAACGCCACCGCCAACGCCACCGCCAACGCCACCGCCAACGCCACCGCCAACGCCACUGCCAACGCCACUGCCACUGCCAACGCCACUGCCAACGCCACUGCCACUGCCAACGCCACUGCCAACGCCACCGCCAACGCCACCUCCAACGCCACCCCCAACGUCGCCAACGCCACCGCCAACGCCACCGCCAACGCCACCGCCAACGCCACCGCCGCCAACGCCACUGCCAACGCCACUGCCACUGCCACCGCCAACGCCACUGCCAACGCCAACGCCACCGCCAACGCCACCGCCAACGCCACCGCCAACGCCACCGCCGCCAACGCCACCGCCAUCGCCAACGCCAACGCCACCGCCAACGCCACCGCCAACGCCACCGCCGCCAACGCCACCGCCAACGCCACCGCCAACGCGACCGCCAACGCCACCGCCAACGCCACCGCCAACGCCACCGCCAACUCCACCACCAACGCCACCGCCAACGCCACCGCCAACGCCACUGCCAAAGCCACUGCCAACGCCAACGCCAACGCCAACGUCACCAACGCCACCGCCAACGCCACCGCCAACGCCACCGCCAAAGCCACCGCCAACGCCACCGCCAACGCCACCGCCAACGCCGCCACCGCCAACGGCACCGCCAACGGCACCGCCAACGCGACCGCCAACGCCACCGCCAACGCCACCGCCACUGCCAACGCCGCCAACGCCAACGCCACCGCCAACGCCACCGCCAACGCCACCACCAACGCCACGGCCAACGCCACCGCCAACUCCACCACCAACGCCACCGCCAACGCCACCGCCAACGCCACUGCCAAAGCCACUGCCAACGCCAACGCCAACGUCACCGCCAAUGCCACCGCCAACGCCACCGCCAACGCCACCGCCAACGCCACCGCCAACGCCACCGCCAACGCCACCGCCAAAGCCACCGCCAACGCCACCGCCAACGCCACCGCCAACGCCACCGCCACCGCCACCGCCAACGCCAACGCCACCGCCGCCAACGCCACCGCCAACGCCACCGCCACCGCCAACGCCACGGCCAACGCCACUGAAGCGCUUGCCACCGUUCGAAGCUGGGUGGAAGGUCACCGAGAUCCUUGGUCCUGGUUCCGUGCGUGUGUGUCGUUCUGUGGAUGGCUUUGAUCAACAAAAGUCUGUUAACAUUCAGUUGAUUAAACCUGCUGCUGAAUCUGUGUUGUCGUGUGAGUCUGGAUCUGUGCCUGCGUCGCCCGUGCAGUGUGAUCUCGGUGUUGAGCCGUUGGCUGUCGCCGAUCGUAGUCUGCGUAACCGUCGUCAUAUCCAACGCCCGAGUCGCUACAUCGAUUGA